CUACCAAACAUUAACAGUCUUGAAACUAGUAAAAGCUAUAUAUUCAUAUCGUGUGAGAUAUAUAUAGCCAUAUUAUUUCCUAUAAUGAACAAAAUGGAAGUAGGAUAUUGUGAAGGUGAUGUGAAGAUGAUGAGAUCAAAGGCAGAGAUAGACACAAGUGCACCUUUUCGUUCAGUGAAGGAAGCUGUCACGUUGUUUGGCGAAAGAGUUCUUGCUGGAGAACUCUAUUCUCCUAACAAACUCAAACAGAUGCAAGAUGGAGAGAGUGAAAGUGACAACGUCCCCUGUAAGCUAGGAAUUGUAACUGCUGAACUAGAAGAGACAAAGCAAAGGCUGCAAAAAGCACGAGAAGAAAGCUUAUUCAUGGCUACUUGUCUCUCUUCUUUAGAAGAAGAACUCGAAAGAACAACGAAAGAGCUCGAAAAUCUAAAGAAUAUUAAGCAACAAUCUGAGAAAUUACAAUCAGAGAUUGAAGAUCUCAAGUUUGUUGAGGACAUGACGACGAAACUAGAAAUUAAUAUGGCAUCCGAAAAUAUUGAAUUUCAAAAGAAAAGAUAUGUGACUUUUGAAAAUCCUCCUAUAUUAAGCCAUGUUGUUAAUAUUCCAAAAUUAGGUGAUGAUCAUGUUAUAUUGCAGAGGCAUCCCUCCCUCAAGAAGAAGAAAAAGAAAUCCCUUAUCCCAUAUAUAGGGGGGAUUUUUUCAAGGAAGAAAAGUGGCUCUCAAGUUCAAUAAGCUAAGUCUUGAUGAGGAAUUUAAUGCAUAUCAGCUAUAUAUUCAAUAAUUUCCUAUAAUUUUGCUCAGUAGUGAAAUGAGUUGAGCUAGUGAAGGCAAAGAUAUUUCUUGCUAAAAAUCUCUCAAUUUAAUAAGGCUAUACUGUCACUUGAGUGAUAGUAGUACUUACUAUGAA